GCAAGGAUUGCAUUUUUACAAGGGGAGAGGAAAGGUCAGGAAAAUUUAAAGAAUGAUUUAAUAAGGAGGAUAAAAAUGUUGGAAUAUGCACUAAAACAAGAAAGAGUGAAGUUGCAUAAGCUGAAAUAUGGAACUGAUCCUAAUUUCUCUGAUUUAAAAGCUCCUAUUUUUGAUGAUAUUGAUGAACCUGUUGAUGGCGAUCCUCUAAUCACUAGCAAUAGUAAUGUGUCUUGGCGUCAAGGACGACAGUUACUUAGACAAUAUUUACAAGAAAUUGGUUAUACAGACACGAUUAUUGAUGUACGUUCAGCCAGAGUGCGUACUCUUCUUGGUCUAGCUCCAUCUAGUACAGAAAAUGAUGAUAAGCAAAAUUUAUCAUCUGUUCUUAAUGGGGAACAAGUGAAAAGAUCCAGUGAUACACAACUUAGAAGAACUCCCGGAAAAAAAUCAAAUUCUGUCACAGAAAAUGCACUUAUGGAUGCUGAACAGUCAGUACUGGAUACUUUUGAUUUUCUUUCAUCUGAAAAUGUGGAUAUGGAUGAUGAUGAUGAGAAUUUGAGUGACGAAAUGGAUGAUACUUGUGCAGUAGAUGAUGAGGAUAAUGAAAGACUAGAAAAGAAAGUAAAAAUAAAAGCCAAGGGGCCAAAUGACAAUUUAGCUAGAAGUGAAGAUGGAAUAAGUGAGACAUCAACUGAAGAAGCUCUAGCAGAGUUUGAUUUCCUUGGUGCUGGUGAUUCUAAUGAUCAUCGACCCCAGAGUGAUAGUGCUGACUGGGAGCAGUCAGAGGAUUCCUCUGAGGAAGAAUGGGGUUCAAAUCCUCAGAUGAUUUCCCAGUUGAUGGAAGCAUAUCGUAGGGAAAGGAAAUGCAAGAAAGGCUCUACUCAGAGACCAAAACGGUCCACACUCCAGGCAAUGCUUGUUCGUUUAGCCAAUGGAAGUACUGAUGGAGAUCGCAUUAACUUGGAUGAUCUGUCAGGAGCAUCUGUUGCAACUGGGGUCAUAGAUGCCAAGUCAGAUGUCAUCUGUGAUGCAAAUGUUAGUGGCAGUAAUUCAUUUGGGGAAGAUCUCAGUUCCUUAGCUGGUUUAGGACCAAGCUUGAGUUCAUUUUUGAAUAUUGGAGCACCGUGCAGCAAUGUCCAAGGUCAUGCUGAUGAAAAUGGUGUACAAGGUGGUACUUCUCUUCCAUUUCCUCCUGGAUCUCGUAGACCGCUGCUAGGUAAUGAAGAUGAUCCUUUAGAAGCUGCUUUGGGUCUCGGGGAGUUAGCAAGUUUGACGGUUAAUAAUGAAGCAGAUACUAGUUACGAUAUAUCUUCAGCUAAAGAGGCAUUUAGGAAGACAUGGAAUGCAAAAUAUACUCUUCGAAGCCAUUUUGAUGGAGUAAGAGCAUUAGCUUUCCACCCUGUUGAGCCAGUUUUAAUUACAGCAUCUGAGGAUCAUACACUUAAAUUGUGGAAUUUACAGAAGACGGUACCUGCUAAAAAAACUGCGUCUUUGGAUGUUGAACCAGUUUACACAUUUAGGGCACAUGUUGGUCCUGUAUUAUGCUUGGCCUUAAGCACGUCUGGCGAUCAUUGCUUUAGUGGUGGAAUGGAUGGUACUAUUAGAUGUUGGAAUGUUCCUAGUUCUCUAAGUGACCCAUAUGAUUCCUUUGAUCCUAAUGUUCUAACUGCUACUUUGAAAGGCCAUACUGAUGCAGUAUGGGGUCUUUCUAUUCAUAGCUCAAAAUUACAAUUACUUUCUUGUUCAGCUGAUGGGACAGUUCGUUUGUGGUCACCUCAGUGUAAAGUUCCAUUAUUACAUACUUAUGGUUCUGAUAUUGCUGAUGGUAGUCCUACAUCUGUUGAUUUCCUACGUUGUGAUAUGACACAAAUGGUGGCAGCUUACACAUCAUCUAAUUCUGUAAUAUUUGAUUUGGAAACUGGGAAACCAGUCAUUCGACUUGACAGUAAUCAAACUCCUGAUGCAAGUCCUUUAGGUAAACAAAUAAACUGUAUUGUAUGCCAUCCUACUCUCCCCCUUACUGUGACUGCUCAUGAAGAUAGGCAUAUUAGAUUUUUUGAUAAUACAGGGAAAAUGAUACAUUCAAUGGUAGCACACUUAGAUGCUGUUACCAGUCUUGCCAUCGAUCCUAAUGGCUUAUAUUUGCUAUCAGGAAGUCAUGACUGCUCAAUUCGUUUAUGGAAUAUGGACAACAAAACUUGUGUGCAAGAAAUUACAUCUCACCGAAAGAAAUUCGAUGAAGCUAUUUUUGAUGUUGCUUUUCACCCUUCCAAACCAUACAUUGCUAGUGCUGGGGCUGAUGCAUUAGCAAAAGUGUUCGUUUGAAAGUUGUUUUUAUCUGUGUAUAGACUAUGGAAGCUGAAGUGGUAAAAAGCCACUGAAAUUUUUCCAGCCAGCAUUUCAGCCCACAGACCAAUGAACCUUAACUUACACUACUAUUUAUUUAUUUAUGUAGAGCUGAACAUGGUCUUGCAUUGUUUGCUGGCAAAUCAUUAGCUCCCAUUAGAUGUUUCUUUUGAGUUCUGAGCUGUAUUUAAUCAUCAUUCGUUUGUUUUUGAGUAGAAUCUGUUUGUCCUAAACAGGUAGCUCAUACAUAUAAAAGCUGAAAUAUCAUGCAAUAUUUUCUUUUAUAUCAACAAAUUUAUGUGUUGUGAUUUUUCUGAAAAAGAAAUCAUGAUGUAUCAAGUCAUAGGUAUAAUUUUAAGUGUGUUGUGUGCAGGAAGACUUAUGCAUUUUAGUUUUCUAACUUGCCACUACUUUCUUCUUUCUGUGUGUGUACAAUGGAUGCCUCUUGUACAUAAGUGAGUAAAUGUGAAGAAUAACUGUAACUAGAAUGUAGGGGACUCAAUAGCUUGCCUUUCAUCAAAUGAUAGUGUAGGUAGAAUUUGGUGAUUCAGCAUCUGGGACUUAUCAAAUAUACAUCAGCAGCACAUUCAAGAUGAUUAAAUGCACUACUGCUUCAUGCAGCACCCAAGAUGAAUUCUUGAUGUUGUAAGAGUGAUAGUGUUGUACAGUGUACAAAGUCUCUGUCAGGAUCUUUUCAAAGCAGAUUUUUUUUAUUUCAUUUUUAUUAUAUUUUUUUUUAAAUCAUCCUUGAACUAAAUGCUGCAUUUAUCAAAGGCUGAAAUGACAAAGCGUAUUAAUUAAAGUAUUUAUUUCUAAUCAUUUUGUAUAGCUGCUACAGUUGUGGCUCCAUAUUCUAAUGAUUGUGAAAUUGCCUUAGAGCAGCUCUUAGGUGUACAGUGAAAAAAAAAAAAAAAAAAAAAAAAAAGUAUUUAGAACUAAAUGUCAUCACUUGAAAUCCAAGAAGAAUAUCAAGAUCUAUGAAGAAAAGUAUAUAUUGCUGUAACAUGAAUUUUUGCAGCUGUGGUCAGUGAUAGAUCCUGUUUAGAGUUGAAGGAGUGCCCUUCUGUCAUGCAAAUUUUAUGCUAUAAACUGGGCUUUGUGCUUCCUUUUAUAAUAAAUCCAGGAACAAUAAAUAGUGUUGUCUGAAAAUUUCAGCAUGUUUGUAAAGUCUAUAUUUGUGAAGAAAACUUUUUCUACUACUAUUGAAAAUGUGCAUCACUAUGAUAUAAAACAUACCAAGAGAAACUUAAAUUCAUUUCAUUGUCAUGUUUUAUUCUUGGGUAUAACUUUCCCCUUACAUUUUAUUUAUUUUACACACGUAAUAGAUAAAAUUUGUUUAAAAAGCUACUGUACAUUUUUAACUCCACUUGUAUGACAAAAAUAAAGUGAUAGCAUAAUUUAGUUUUGUUCUUUUAAUCUUUUGCUAUAAAUAAGAGGUUAACUAUGUUGUCUGCCCUUUUAUUCCUCGAAGUGCUAAAUGACAAAUUUUGGUGCUGUAAAUUAUAAGCAUCUAAUGAGCUUAAAUUAAUUUCAUGGAAAGGAAUUAUUUAUUUGAAUAAAUGAUCUAAUCGGUAUCAUGUUAAUGUCAACUUGUGACGUUUGUUUUUAAGUAUUUUAAUGUGAUGUCACAUUGUGCAUAUAAAUGAAGACUUGCAUUAAAAUUUAUUAGGAUUAAGUGUAUUUCUUUCCUGUAUUUGUUUUAGUGAAGAUGAAAUUCUAAUAUGCAUAUAAUGAUCCUAAUUUGAAUGAAUUAUAUAUAUAUAUUUGGAAACAUUUAUUUGGUGCUGUUGAGAUGUUUUGUCAGAUCCUACCUCAAAAUGAAAUUUAAUAUUCAGAUAUUAAACAGUUAUAAUGAAAAUUAUUUUAAUAUUUGUAAUGAAAAAUCUACAGAUAUUGAUUACCUCAUUAUGUUGGAAUUAUUGUGACAUGCUAAAAUAACUUAAUCAUAUAAGAUGAAAUUAUUUUGUGUAAUAAAUUCAAAUAGAGUUAAUUUUAACUCUGAUCUGCAUAGCCAUAACCUCUAGUAACUGAUCAUGUAAAAUGCAACCAGAAUGUAUGAAUGUUUAUUUAUGUUUUUUAUAUAAAGUCAUUGAAUUCUUAAAUAUAAGGAAGAUUAAUUAAACAUUUGAACUCCACAAUUCACAUUAUUAUUAUUGUGUUUAUUUAUUUAAUAAGGCUGAAGUAAUUGGGGUUUAUCUGCAAUUAGAGAAAUACCUUUUCAGAGGCUUUAUAUUAAGAGAAACUGACUUAUGUUCUCAUUAUAUAUGGGAAAAACCCACUACAGUCAGCCUGCUCAGCAGCUAGAGUCAAACUCAGGAGAAACUACCAGUGUUUGUGAUUGUAUCUGUAUGGCUGUUGUGGGAUAUUAUGCUUACAUGUAUAAAUAUUCGUAAAUAAAGUGAUUUUAUUUACUCCUA